AUGUUCCGUUAUGUUAGUUAUGCCGUAGAGACAGAAGGAAAGAAUGGCCCUCCGUUGCCCAUACACUGCAGAAUGAGCCCCUGGAGUGAAUGGUCAGAAUGUCACCCUUGCCUCAAACUAAUGUUUCGCUCUAGGAGCAUUGAGGUCUUUGGACAAUUUAAUGGGCGAAAAUGCAUGGAUGCUCUGGGAGACAGACAGAUGUGUGUGCCCACUGAGCCCUGUGAAGAUGCUGAGGAUGACUGUGGAGCUGAAUUUAAAUGUGGUACAGGCAGAUGCAUAAAGAGGAAACUUCUGUGUAAUGGUGACAAUGACUGUGGAGACAAUUCAGAUGAGGAUGAUUGUGAAAAUGAUCCCCGUCCCCCCUGUCGUAAUAAAGUGGUGGAAGAGUCUGAGCUGGCACGGACAGUGGGCUUUGGCAUCAACAUUUUAGGGAUGGAUCCCUUAAAUACACCGUUUGAUAAUGAAUAUUUCCAUGGACAGUGUGAUCGAGUUUGGGAUGGAAAUACCUUGACCUACUACCGCAGACCCUGGAACGUGGCUUCUCUAGUCUACGAAACCCGAGCUGACAAAAAUUUCAGAACUGAGUAUUAUGAAGAACAGGCUGAAUCAUUUAAGAUGGUGCUCCGAGAGAAAGCAACAAGUUUUAAUGCAGAUUUAUCUCUAAAAUUCACCCCCACUGAAGCAAUUAAAAUUCAACCUCAAGAAUCUUUUGCGAUAGAAGCUAACUUAAAACCUCUAAAGUUCCAGAGUGACUUUGGAUUUAAAUAUAACCAAAAGGACACUGUCCAAAAGUUGUUUCUAUAUUCUACUAAGAAGGAUAAAGUAUUUCUGCAUGUAAGUGGAGAGGUUCAGCUGGGAAGAUUUACAAUGAGAAAUCGGGAUAACAUGAUGACGACACAGUUCGUAGAUGCUAUUAAAGCCCUGCCAACUGCCUAUGAAAAGGGGGAAUAUUUUGCAUUUUUGGAAAUCUAUGGAACCCACUUCAGCAGCUCCGGGUCUGUAGGAGGACGAUACGAACUAAUAUAUGUUUUGGAUAAAAUUUUCAUGCAUGAAAAAGGUGUUGAAAUAAGGGAUGUGGAGAAGUGCCUUGGGUUUGAUGUGAACAUAAACCUAGGUGUUCCUAUUGAAAUUGGACAAAAAAUUGAUGGCAAUACUUGUUCAAAGAUUGGUGUAGGUGAAAUCGGAAACAUCACCAGGGAUGGCCUCAUAGAUGAUGUUAUCACCCUCAUAAGAGGAGGAACCAACCAAUAUGCAAAUGAACUGAAAAUGAAGCUUCUCAAAGGUGCCCAAACAGUGGAUGUGACUGACUUUGUAAACUGGGCCACUUCCUUAAGCCAUGCUCCUGUACUCAUAAAACAAAGGCUAUCUCCUAUAUCUAAUCUGAUUCCAGUGAAAAUGAAAGAUGCACACCUAAAGAAACAAAACUUAGAAAGAGCCAUUGAAGACUAUGUCAAUGAAUUCAGUGUAAGAAAAUGCCAGCCAUGCCGAAAUGGGGGCACAUUGAUUCUGAUGGAUGGAGCGUGUCUGUGUACCUGCUCAAUAUUUUUUGAAGGCUUAGCCUGUGAGAUCAGUAAAAAAAUAAUUUAA